AGGUUUGAAGAUGAGUUUAUAAAUUAGAAAUGUAUAUAUAUAGGACUAGUUGUGACAUUUCCCAAUACUCAUUGCGUUGUUCGUAAGAAAGAUCAUAAUGAGGUUCUUGGUUGUUCUUGCUUCAGUAGUUUUGGCGAUUAACGCUACAGCCGACAACGAGUUGUGGUUGGAAUUCAAGCGAAACUAUGGACGUGACUACAGAAACCUGAGAGAAGAACAACACCGAUACAGCAUCUUCCAAAGCAACGUGCGCAUCAUCGACGAACACAAUGAGAAAUACGUCAAAGGAGAAGAAACCUACUACAUGGGAAUCAACCAGUUCUCAGACAUGACCCCCGAAGAGUUCAAAUCCAUGCUGAACUACAGCGCCUCCUUAAAACCAGCUCGCCCACAAUCCACCCUCAUGCACGUAGAAUCCGGUCUUGGAGCCCCCUCAGAGGUCAACUGGGUGUCCAAGGGAGUCGUCACCGGGGUUAAGAAUCAAGGAAAUUGCGGUUCCUGUUGGGCAUUCAGCGCUAUCGGCGCUGUAGAAGGAGCUUACGCCAUCAGAACUGGCUCCUUGGUCAGCUUCAGCGAGCAAAACCUUAUGGACUGCUCCACCGUGAACGCAGCCUGUGAUGGAGGAUGGAUGACAGCAGCUUUCGAGUACAUCAGAGACAACGGAAUCGAGACAGAGAAUGACUACCCGUACGUAGCCGCUAAAGGAUCUUGCCAAUUCAACUCGGGCAAGAGCGUCACAAGAGUCUCAGGCUUCGUUAACGUCGCCCAAAGCGAAAGCGCUUUGUUGGAAGCCUCCGCAAAUGUUGGUCCCCUCUCUGUAGGUAUCAAUGCCGCCCAUUUCCAAAACUACGCCGGAGGUGUUUUCACCAGUGACUCCUGCGAUAUAACUGACUUGAACCACGGAGUAGUCGUCGUUGGUUACGGAAAUGAGAACGGCGCAGAUUACUGGCUGGUCAAGAACUCCUGGGGUGCCGAAUGGGGAGAAAAUGGAUACGUCAAAAUGUUCCGUGGCAGCAACCUGUGCGGUAUUUCCCUAGAUAUUUCUUAUCCAACAUUGUAAUUUGGUUGUCCUAUCGUUCUGCCGUACAAGGUGUGACGUAUAGACCUAGAGAUGGGGUGUAUUCACAUUUACUUUCACUGUGAUGUUUCUCUGGGAGUUAAUUGUUGUCAUCUCAUGAAUUAAAAAAUAAAAAAUGUAUAUUUGUA